AUGCUCAUCCCCAGUGGUGCCGCCACGGUUGUUUGUGCUGCCGUUGCCCUAACCGCCACCUCCCUUGCCCCCACCUACCCCUUUGCCGUUAUUCCUAGCCUGCUUGCAGGGCUGGGUAGCGUUGAGGGAGGAGGAGGAGGGUUGGGAGGAGGCGAGGUUGACAAUGGGGGUGCGAAGUUUGACUUCGGUGUCUAUGAUCCACUGCUCAACGGAGGCGAGAUCGGCCAUGGGAUUGGCUUAAGUAAAGGCGUGAAGGCGGGAUUCAUAGUCUGGGGUGAGGUUAAACAGGAGGCGAUGGAUUUGGAGGUGUUCAGAGAGGCCGGCCUGGCGGGCUUCGAGGCGAUCAGCUACUUCUCUCAUACGUCCGACAUAGUCGACCGCUCCGUCACAUGUAGUGAGGGUGAUAGAAAAGUACUCUUGAAAGAGGAUGCCAACCGAGCUGAUGUCGCGGCGCUCAAACAUGGCAUGGAGUUCGGCCCAAAUGACCAAGGCACGGAGUUCCCGAGCCUGGAAGCGGCGCAUAAGGGAGUCAGGGAGAGCACCGAGGAGAACGGUGCAGGCGCGGGUGUCAGCAGCUGUCCAGGCGAUGAGGUUUGGGGUAAAGGUAGCCAAGUCGUCCGUGUAUUUGGCGACGACGGCAAGAUGAGCAUUGCGGCCAGCAACUGCCUGGUCAUAGGCUUCAACUGCUGCAUCGUACUCGGCUUUGCGGAUAAGCACUCCUAUGACUCCUUCUAUGAUGCCUUCACCAGUGCACCCUGCCCCCACCCGGCCGCCGCAACCCCCGGCCUCCUCCCUCCAUUUUUUUUUCCCCUCUCGGCUAUCCCGCCGCCUUCCUCCCCCCCCUUUAGCGCCCUUUCCCUCCGCAGCUCCGCGGCCUCGACGCCGCCUCCGCGCCAGCGCCGCCGCGGCCUCGCCAGCCGCUGCCGCCCGCGCUCUUCCCCUCCGCGGCCUCGACACCGCCUCCGCGCCUCCCCGCCGCCUCACCAGCCGCCGCCCGCGCCACUCCGCGGCCUCGACGCCGCCUCCGCGCUAGCGCCGCCGCGGCCUCGCCAGCCGCCGCCGCCCGCGCCCUUCCCCUCCCCGGCCUCGACGCCGCCACCGCGCCUCGCUGCAGCCUCACCAGCCGCCGCCGCCCGCGCUCUUCCCCUCCGCGACCUCGAUGCGGCCUCUGCGCCUCGCUGCGGCCUCACCAGCUGCCGCCCGCGCCACUCCGCGGCCUCAUCAGCCGCCGCCGCCCGCGCCCUUCCCCUCCGCGGCCUCGACGCCGCCUCCGCGCCUCGCCGCGGCCUCGCCAGCCGCUGCGCGCGCUACCCCGCGGCCUCGACGCCGCCUCCGCGCCAGCGCCGCCGUGGCCUCGCCAGCCGCCGCCGCCCGCGCCCUUCCCCUACGCGGCCCCGACGCCGCCUCCGCGCCUCGCCACGGCCUCGCCAGCCGCCGCCCACGCUGCUCCGCGGCCUCGAUGCCGCCUCCGCGCCAGCGCCGCCGCGGCCUCGCCAGCCGCCGCCGCCCGCGCCCUUCCCCUACGCGCCCCCGACGCCGCCUCCGCGCCUCGUCGCGGCCUCGCCAGCCACUGCCGCCCGCGCCCCUCCCCUCCGCGGCCUCGACGCCGCCUCCGCGCCAGCGCCUCCGCGGCCUCAACAGCCGCUGCCGCCCGCGCCCUUCCCCUACGCGGACUCGUCACCGCCUCUCCUCACGCCCCGCCGGGACCACUGCGGGUCCACCCGCGGCCAUCCAUCAUGGCUCACGCCACACCCUCCCCCUUCCCCCCUCCCUCCUCCUAUCGAUACCUCCUCUAUCGAUAAGCUGCAGCUCGCCGCGGACAAAUCCGCCGUCAACUGGCACUCCUUCAUCGGCAGCAUUCGUCGAGUUCUCUCCGAUGCAUGGGUUCCCCCCUACCGCGUCCUUGACGUCAUCCUCCGCCGUCCCCAUGCUCUCCCCCCCCACCGCUCCUGA